CUCUCCCUCUCUCUCUCCCACUCUCCCCCACUCUCUCUCCCACUCUCUCUCCCUCUCUCUCUCCCUCUCUCUCGCUCUCUCUCUCGCCACGCGCGCCUCCGCGAUCCGAUCAGCCUCACGUGAAAUUCAACCUAAGCGAUGGGUGGUGCCGUGGUCGACGACUGCCCUCAGCUGGUGCCUCCCCCGGACGGCGGCUGGGCCUGGCUGGUGCUGUUGGGCUGUUUCGUGGUCACCGGGUUUUCAUACGCCUUCCCCAAGGCCGUGAGUGUCUUCUUCAAAGAGCUCAUCCACGAUUUCGGCGUCGGGUACAGCGAUACGGCCUGGCUGUCAUCCAUCCUGCUCGCUAUGCUGUACGGCACGGGGCCGCUGUGCAGCGUGUUGGUGUCGCGCUUUGGAUGCCGCCCGGUGAUGAUUGGUGGAGGCCUUCUGGCGGCAGCUGGCAUGGUGGGGGCCUCGUUCAGCACCUCCAUCAUUCACGUGUACCUCCUGGCUGGGGUCACCACGGGCAUGGGCCUGGCUCUCAACUUCCAGCCGUCACUCAUCAUGCUGGGUCGCUACUUCAGCAAGAGGCGCCCUCUGGCCAAUGGGCUUGCAGCAGCAGGCAGUCCAGUGUUUUUGUGUACCCUCUCUCCUCUCAAUCAGCUGCUACAGCAUCACUUUGGAUGGAGAGGGGGCUUCAUGGUUUUGGGAGGUCUGCUCCUCAACUGUUGUCUCUGCGGGGCCCUGAUGAGGCCCCUUGUCCCACCUCCUGGACAGGCUCAGAAGUUGAUGGGUGCCAACGCCACCACCACCACCACCACCUCCACCACCACCACCACCACCGCUCCACCACCAGCACCACCACCUCCCCGACGCCGCCACCGCCCGCUGAUCGACCUCUCCGUGAUCCGCCACCGCGGCUUCGUGGUCUAUGCGGUGUCGGCCACGCUCAUGGUGCUGGGCCUGUUCGUGCCGCCCGUCUUCGUGGUGAGCUACGCCAGGCACCUGGGCACGCCGGACCCCAAGGCGGCGUUCCUCCUCUCCGUCAUCGGCCUCGUGGACGUCUUCGCCCGGCCGGCAACGGGCCUCGUCACGGGCGUGGAGCGAGUGCGGCCAUACUCCGCCUACCUGCUCAGCUUCGCGAUGAUCUUCAACGGCACGGCCGACCUCCUGGGCUCCCUGGCCAGCACCUACGCCGGUAUCGCCGUCUUCUGUGUCUUCUUCGGCAUCUCGUACGGGAUGGUGGGCGCUCUGCAGUUCGAGGUGCUCAUGGGGCUGACGGGGCCGGAGACAUUCCCCUCGGCACUCGGACUCGUCCUCCUGAUGGAGGCCGGAGCCGUACUCGUCGGACCUCCUGGAGCGGGUCGCCUGGUGGACUACACCCACAGCUACGUGUACAUCUUCUACCUGGCAGGCGCCGAGGUGCUCUUGGCCGGCCUCGUCCUAGCCCUGGGGGCUCUUCUGUGCCUCAGGGGCAACCACAACCACCAGCACGACCACGCCCACCAACACGUGGGCGGGGCAGCAGCGGCGGUGGGCGGGGCAACGGCGGGGGCGACCAAUGGGCAGGGAGACACGGAGACGCGCACGCCCUGA